GGCUUGUAUACAAGUGUGUGAACUACAAAAAGCUUCUCCGUCUGACACUUCAUGGUUAUCGUGAAUUAGGCAAGUAGAAUUACUUUGUCUAAGUUGCGAGACGUAUCGCUGCACGUGACAUUUCUCGCAUAUGCAACAUUCGAUUUGCCUAUGGCUUCGAAAAGGAAACGCAAUGAAGACAGCAAUGGGAGCGAUUUGAACGUGAAGAUCAAGAAGGGUGUUUCUGCUGGAAAGAGACACAUUGCCGCUCUAAUUCUCGCACGGGGCGGUAGUAAAGGGAUCCCUCUGAAGAACAUUAAAACGCUGGCGGGCGUUCCGCUCAUUGGAUGGGUCCUUCGAGCCGCCGUCGAUUCCAAAGUAUUUGACAGUGUAUGGGUGUCCACAGACCAUGAUGAAAUUGAGAGGGUGGCAAAAGCUUGGGGUGCACAGGUGCACCGCAGGAGUCCAGAGGUUUCCAAAGACUCCUCCAGUUCACUGGAAACCAUCCAAGAGUUUGCCCGACUCAAACCAGAAGUGGAUGUUAUAUGUAACAUCCAGGCGACUUCUCCCUGCUUGCACCCACAUCACCUGAGAGAGGCCCUAGAAAUGAUCACCGAAGAGGGCUAUGAGUCUGUCUUCUCUGUGGUCCGCAAACACCACUUCCGCUGGCAGGAGGUCAAGAAGGGAGAUGGUACCAGUACGCAGGCCCUGAACCUGGACCCGUCCCGCCGUCCUCGGCGGCAGGAUUGGCCCGGGGAGCUCUGUGAAAACGGGUCGUUCUACUUUGCCACCAGAGACCUGAUAGAGAAGGGCCUCCUGCAGGGAGGGAAGAUGGCAUACUUUGAGAUGAGACCAGAGUAUAGUGUAGAUAUCGACGUUGACAUCGACUGGCCUGUGGCUGAACAGCGGGUACUGAGGUAUGGGUACUUUGGCAUGGACAAGCCAGAGGUGGUGAAACUGUUGCUGUGUGGUGUGUCGGGCUGUUUGACAGAUGGGAAGAUCUUCCUGUCAUUGGCUGGAGAAGAGAUGGUGUCAGUUAGCGUUCGUGACAAUGUUGGCAUCGCCAUGCUCCAGAACGGGGACGUGGAGGUGAUUCUGGUAAUGUCAAGUGGGAGUCUGCUGCCCAAAGCCCUGUCUGAUAAGCUGGCCCAGAGGACAGGCUGUGAACUAAGGCAGUUUGUGGGGAGUAACAAGGAGGAGGUAGAGAAGAUAAUGAAGGAGAGAGGACUGGGGUGGAAGGAGGUCGCCUACAUGGGUAAUGAUGAACCAGAUGUGGAGUGCCUAAACCUUGCAGGGUUUAGUGCAGUACCCAAAGACGCCCCAACGGUGGCUCUAAACAGAGCCAAAUACGUGUGUCACAGUGUGGCGGGUUGUGGUGCUGUGCGGGAGUUUGCAGAACACAUCCUGCUGCUGAAGAAAGAGGCCAAGUCCUAGAUGGAGCAAGAUCACAUCGGAGGGGAAAACUCCUGAUCACAUUCUCAGUCCAAUUCAGAACCAGAACCUCUCAUUUAGUCUUUUUUUCCCCACCAAGUUUUCACUGAUCUCACACAUGUUCUUUUCCCCCCCGAACACGAUACACUUCACACACUCUCAAACGAAGGUUUGAUACUUAAUUUGCAUCAGGUGGAUUGCAACUAGAGCAGAAUAACCAGAUGAAAUGAGGGGGAAAACACACUGGCUCCGAGUCUGACCAGUGUUACCAUCAACGCAGCUAUAAUGGGAUAGACUUAACACCGGAGAUCUCUCCUUAGUCAGAGUGACCAGGGACAUGUGUGAUAGGAAGAUUCACAGCAGUGCGUGAGGGUCUGCGAGUUCUUGACCAGGGAAAGGAGAUAGGGGGUUAUUCUGGAUUGGCCUCGAGUUUAAAAGAAAAGGUACCCAAACUGGGCUCAGUCAGGGUGCCUGUGGAUGGACCACCACUAGAGGGCACCAUUGCACCUCACAUCCAAACCCACCGGUGAAUGUGAUAACUGUACAUUUGAACACUAAAAUAGAUAAGAAUGAAUGAUUUCUUUUCCCACUGCUGAGUGUCUGAAACAGGGUGAUAUUUUCUAGCUGGAUUUGUGUUUAUAGAGAAUUAUGAAUUCUUGGGAGUGGGUGUCAUUAAUUACAAAAACAAGAUAUGUGAUAAUAAGGUGAUCUAAGUCUUGUGUAUUUAUGAAAAUCAGGUAUAAAAAUAAAUCAACAUUAUAGCUGUACUGUGGAGGACAGCUGUAGCUGGUUAUGAAGUGAUGUUAUAGGAAUCUGUUUUUUGGUGAAGCAUGGCUUUUCAAGAAACCUUUAUAGUCUGGUAAUGGAAGUUUACAGUUUUACAGCGAGUUGUUUGUUUCACAUAAUUUUGGGGCAAGUUAAACAUGAAUGUUCUUCAUUCAUACUUUAAAUAAACCACAUUCUGAACAACAGAA